AUGGAUGAACCCCCGGACCACGAGACGAGACUAUCUCCUCUUCGUGCUUCUUCGCCUUCCCCGUCCAUCCCGCCAACUCCCGCCAUCUCCUCCUGUCCGUCUCCAGAUCGCACGUUCUCGACCGUCUCCUCUCUCUCCACAUCAUCAGCCACCUCUAUAGAUGCCAGGUCGUCAGUGUCUGUCUCCUCACGGCGUCGAGGGUACAUCCGCCCUCAGGGGGUGGAGUUUGCCAACUCCGCCAAAAGCAGAGAGAGUGUCAUGAGCUUGGGAAGUAUUGCCCAUCUCCAAUACUAUUUUGCAAGGACCGGUUUACUAGACGGGCGAGGCGGCACACUUCGCGAGUGGAAGAAGAAAAGGAAGCCAGAGGACCUCCCGAGGCUUCUCCUAACGCCCAAUGAGAGAUUUAUUCCAGACCUCACGGAAAGUCCGACGGCGAUGGAAACGCCGGAGAUCGACGAGAUCGACGACAUGGACGAUUUCGACGAAGGUGACGAAGUAAUGCUUCCUCCCACAGUGAGCACGUACAGCAUCAAAACACACUAUAUACCACCCCCGCCUGAUUUGAUGGCUCUCCGCAGAGACCUUGUGGAUGCGUUAGACAAAGCAGAUAAAAGUAUAAACUUAAUGGAGAAAUCAUCUGCAGAUUCGAGACGCCCACGGCUCAGCGUAUCUUCUGGCAGUCACUCGCCUGCUGAUGAUCGCAAAACACAAGCACCAGGAUGGGAUGAAGUUCAAGGCAUGCACAUCUUAGACGUGCUCACUCUCGCCAUUCGGGCGGCUAAAAUAUACUACACUUCUCAUGAGUAUCCAGAACGCCUGGAAUCUCUGAAAACAGAACGAGAACUGCGGAAAGAGCUCCUUGACGUGCUUGAAGUGCUAAAGCGAUGGGCGUCGCGGAAUUUUGCCGGUGGCCUACGUGAAGGUGAGCGGACGUUCUUUUUGGACUGGAUGUCCGAAGUACGCGCUCUGUUGGCCAAAGAGGCCAAGCUGGAAGAACUGGAAGCAAAAGAUCGCGAAGGCUGGGCUUGGGCACGCGGUGACUGGGCCGGUCGAGAGCGAGAACGGGAGGAGGCCUUCUUGCGUAGUCUGAUGGACAACAACAGCAGCACACCGCUGCCAGUUUGGACGUCAACCGAAGAUGGGCAACUUCCUACUCCAAUGCUAGAACGUCUACGGGACGGCCGAGAUCUUGUGCGGAUGCACAACAGAGCCGUCAAGAAAUCCAAACGGCGAUUCUGCGAGAUCAAGAACUUCCAUCAAGACAUAGGCAAACCGUACCGACAGGCAGAGAAUCUCCAGUACUGGAUGAAAGCUUCUGAGAUCCGAUGGGAGACCAAGCUAGAAAUGAACGUUAUGGACGUGGUGCACGGUAGCAGCGAUGACGCCUGGAGGCAAUUCGACGCGGCCCUCCUGGCCUGGUGUAAAGCAGUUCGGGAAGAACUGACGCGAGACUGGAUAGAGACAAGACCUGGGACCAGGUCGGGGAAUUCUCCCACAACAGGUUCUGUAGCAAGUUCUGGAUAA